CUUUUCUUAUUAUUCAUAACCAGGACAGAAAAAAGAAGAAAGGUGGGCGAGAUGGAUGAGCUUGAAUUUCAACGAGUUCUUCAUCUAUUUCCUGUUGUCCGUACACGCGAUUAUAAUGCCGAGUCUGAAAUGCAAAGACAAUUAACUACUCAGGCGUCACGCAGGUUGAGAGAGCGUAUGAAUUCACAAAUCGAAAGGGGUUCAAGGGAAAAAGUUGUCGGAGGUAUCGACGGACAAGAUGCGUUUUGGGAAAAGCUAAGAAUUGCUGCUGCAAAGAAGGUCGGUAAUGCUGAUGCAGAGGGGUUUGUCAAGGCCUUCCAACAUGUUUACAGGAAACUUGUUUUUGAGGAGCUAUCUUUAACGGCUGCUCAACGCUUUGUUAAUUCGACAUAAGACUAAGACUUCAGAUCAUUUCUUGUUUGCUUUUCGGUGAUAUUUUUUUUACCUUACUUUGUAAAACUCGAUAUUUUUAUUCGUGAGGUUAUAUUUCAUAGCAACUGAGUUUGAUUAAUUUAUCAUCUUUGAUUUA